AAUAGAUUGAAAAUUUUAGGUUUGAUUUUUGGAGGAAGUAGUUCCCGCCACUCAGAUGCGACGGGUUUCCUCAACUUUUCCCUCUUCUCCAUUCUUCAAAUCGCUCAAAUCGCCAAUCGAAUGCGUCGUUGUUGUUCGUAUUCAAAUCAUGCAACAAAGUAAUUCACGCAACGGUGUUCAGAUUCCUCAGCUCAAUUGGUUGCAGCACGCCAAUGCUCACCGCAAUUUCUCUUCCCAGGCCAAGUUUUUGACCUCCAAUUUCCUCUUUUCUCUCCCAACUAACAAACCAGUCGACGGUUCCGGUAAUAGCAGGUUUAUACUCCGACAAAGUCAAAAUAUUCCGAGUUCACAAAGAACACAGGCUGAUAAGGCCUGGCUUGCGCUUCCAAGCCUACAGAUAUCUAGCAAGAAUUAUGUCCAACCCGGAAAACAUGUUAAAGUUACUUCUCAGUUUCACAAUGACAGGACAACAACUUCCUUACAAGGAAACUAUGAGAAUGACAAGAUUAACCGUUCUAAUGUUACAACUACUCCAACUGUCAUUAAUCAUACUGCUCGGGUUGUAGAUAGUUCGGUGAACAAUCACGCAAAGUACACAAGCCAACCCAAAGAGUCUACAAAAUUUGUAGCUGAUAAUAUUAAUAUUGAUGAUGAUGACAUACUCGAGAGCAUUGAUGUUGACCAAAUUGUUGAGAAAUACCAGUCCUCAUGCACUCCUCAACCCCCGAUGUCCAAGUUUCCUUCUAUUGUACCAACUCCAGAUAAGGAUAACUUUGCCAGACAGGGAGAUACUUUUAUGCCACCCGAGCUGUGCUUGGAUUGCAUCCACGGACACAAGUUAGGAUUAUGCCCAGAAGCAGCAAGUCAUUUGCAGGAAUUUAAGGAUAAUCUUAUUGCAAUCUCUAAUGAACUGCUUGACAAUGUUGAAAAUCUCAGUUCUGUGCAGAUAGAAAAGCUUCGCCAAGACAGGUCACAGCUGAAUAAGCAAAUUCAACAGCUUGAAAAAUAUAUUCAUUCCAGUAAUCUUGAAGAAGAAAGACAAAAGUCACAUUUUGCUAGAUCCAUGGCACCACCUACAUCUUCUGUGUAUGAAACACCCCAGCGAAAUGUCAUCAACAGUGGACCAAAUGGAUAUGAUGCCCAGUCUUAUAUAGGGAAAGGGACAUAUGAGCCAUCGUACCAGUCUUCGUUCUUUUCUGCAGACAUGUCUGGCAUGCCGCCAGGUCCAGUAGAGAGAGAGCCAUUCAUCCCAAAGAUUAUUGAUGUUAAUUAUAGUGAAGGCUGUGGAGAUAGACAGUGGAGCAGUCGUGAUUUUUCUUGGACUAGAGAAUUAGAGGUUAAUAAUAAAAAAGUAUUUGGAAAUCCCUCAUUUCGCCCAAAUCAAAGAGAGAUUAUUAAUGCCACGAUGAAGGGAUGUGAUGUUUUUGUUUUGAUGCCCACCGGUGGAGGAAAAAGUCUCACCUAUCAGCUACCAGCUCUUAUUAAUCCAGGCAUAACAUUAGUAAUUUCUCCCCUUGUGUCCCUUAUUCAAGAUCAAAUAAUGCACCUAUUGCAGGCAAACAUACCUGCUGCUUAUUUAAGUGCCAACAUGGAAUGGACUGAACAACAAGAGAUUCUUAGAGAACUUAAUUCUGAUUAUUGUAAAUAUAAGUUGUUAUAUGUGACACCCGAAAAGAUUGCCAGAAGUGAUAAUCUUCUGCGACACUUAGAGAGUUUAUAUGUUCGUGAGUUGCUUUCAAGGAUUGUAAUUGAUGAGGCUCACUGUGUGAGUCAAUGGGGGCAUGAUUUUAGACCAGAUUAUCAGGGACUUGGUGUAUUGAAACAAAAAUUCCCAAAUACUCCUGUUUUAGCUUUAACAGCUACAGCAACAGCUAGUGUAAAAGAAGAUGUUGUGCAAGCACUCGGUCUUGUUAACUGCAUUGUUUUUCGGCAAAGUUUUAAUCGCCCAAAUUUACGGUAUUCUGUUGUUCCCAAGACCAAAAAGUGUUUGGAGGAUAUUGACAAAUUUAUUAGGGAAAAUCAUUUUGAUGAAUGCGGCAUCAUCUAUUGUCUUUCACGAAUGGACUGUGAAAAGGCUGCUGAAAAAUUACAGGAAUAUGGGCAUAAAUGUGCAUUUUAUCAUGGGAAUAUGGAUCCUGCUCAACGUUCUUUUGUUCAAAAACAAUGGAGCAAAGAUGAAAUCAAUAUUAUUUGCGCUACUGUUGCAUUUGGAAUGGGGAUUAAUAAACCUGAUGUCCGCUUUGUAAUCCAUCACUCCCUCCCAAAAUCUAUUGAAGGUUAUCAUCAGGAAUGUGGACGAGCUGGUAGAGAUGGUCAGCCUGCUUCCUGUGUAUUAUAUUAUAGCUACAGUGACUAUAUUCGAGUUAAGCAUAUGUUAAGCGUAGGUACGGUGGAGCAAAGUCCCAUGACAUCUGGAUACAGUCGUUUAAAUGCGAAUCCAGGAAGGUUACUGGAGACAAACACCGAAAACCUUUUGCGCAUGGUCGGUUAUUGUGAAAAUGAUGUUGAUUGUCGGCGCUUUAUUCAGCUCGUUCAUUUUGGGGAGAAGUUUGAUUCUUCAACCUGUCAGAAAACAUGUGAUAAUUGCAUGAAGGUCACAAGUCUCAUUGAGAAGGAUGUUACCGAAACGGCAAAGCAAUUGGUUGAACUCGUUAAGCUAACGGGACAGAAGGUCUCGGCAUCUCAUAUAUUAGAGGUUUAUCGUGGUUCCUUAAGCCAGAUGGUCAAGAAACACCGACACGAGACUGUGCGCCUUCAUGGUGCCGGGAAGCAUCUAGCCAAGGGUGAGGCUUCCCGUAUAUUGCAUCAUCUUGUUGUUGAGGAUUUUCUUGCGGAGGAGGUAAAGAAAAGUGAUUUUUAUGGAUCAGUAUCAUCAGUAUUGAAGGUAAAUGAGCAGAAGGUCCGUAAUGUAUUGUUUGGCGGGCAAAGAAUUAUAUUGAGAUUCCCGUCUUCUGUGAAAGCAUCAAAGCCCUUGAAAUGUGAUUUAACUCCAGCCAGAGGUUCUCUGACAUCUACGAAGCUGAAUCUUCCCAUUGAUAUCCCUGACGAACCUCAAACUGAAGUAGACUUGAAUCUAUCAGCUAAGUUGUACACUGCUCUGCGGAUGUUGCGGACAGCUCUCUGUAGAGAAGCUGGAGAGGGUGUUUAUGCUCACCACAUAUUUGGCAAUGCUACGUUGCAGCAGAUAAGCAAGAAAAUACCGAGAACAAAGGAAGAACUUCUUGAUAUCAAUGGCAUUGGCAAGAUUAAAGUAAACAAUUAUGGGGAUCGGUUACUUGAAACCAUUGAGAAUACCAUACACGAAUACUACAAUACAGAUAAAAACAGCAGUGGCGGCAAAGGCAGCACUGAUUCGGCCAAAAGAAGACGAGCGGCAAAUAGAGACCCAGAUUCAAAUGCUGAGGAUGACGAGGUCUUAAUCCAAAGUACUGGUCCCUCCAAGAAAAGGACGGUAAAGAGACAAAUCAGAAAGGUUGUAAUAUCCGAUUCAGAAGAAGAGGAGGAUUAUUUCCACGGGUGCCUUGAUGAGGACCUAGACUGUGUCAACAUUGAAAACGUCGUAAUAGAUAAAGUAACUGUUACAAAUCCUGCAGGAAGAGUACUACCUCAAUGGACAUCAUCUUGAUAAUUAUUGUAUUGGUCCCUUCAUGAUAUGAAUGUUAUUGGGAUUUUCUUGGAUCAACCUUCCAUAAUUUAAGGUUGUUGUAACAGAAUCUUGUACCAACAGGGCAUUGCAGGGAAGAUAAAUAGUAAAAGCAGAUCAACCAGAAAAACUGUGGAUAACUAACUGGAUGGCAAUGAAUGGUACAAAUAAAGAUGUUUUUCUUUCUAAUUUAUUCCUUUGGCAUCAAUGUAAUUGAUUGACUCAUGUGAAUCAAUUUGGCGAUAAUGUAUAUAGUUGGCAGUCUUGAUAAACUGAGAAUUGCAAUUGUGCUAUUAGUCUUGUUAGUGUAAUUGUUU